AACUACGUACCGCCAACAGGCAUUCAUCACCACCAUCCAAAUCCACAGACAUGUCGUUAUACAUCGGGGUGUAUGUGGCUUUGUACGAGUACCAGCCACAAACAGAUGAAGAGUUGAGUGUCACACCGGAUGAUAUUCUCUAUUUGCUCGAGAAGUCCCAAGUGGACGACUGGUGGAAAGUCAAAAAGAGAGUGUUGCCAGUGGGCGACGAAGAGGUCGACGAGCCAGUGGGGCUUGUGCCUUCCAAUUACAUCGAGCCAGCUCCCACCGUAAAGACGUGUACUGCUUUGUAUGACUAUGAUAAGCAGACGGAAGAAGAGUUAUCGUUCAGAGAAGGUGAACUGUUCAAUGUCUAUGACUUGAACGACCCCGACUGGUUGUUGGUGGGCGACGCUGCCACCGGCCAGCUGUUUGGGUUUAUUCCUUCCAACUAUGUGCAAUUGAACGGAGAUACAGUUGGUGCUGGUUCUGUGCCUACCCCCUCCCAACCUCUGGCAGUUCCAAUUCCCGGCUUUGCACCUCCACCACAGCACAUCAGCCGUCAGGUCGUACAACAGCCCGAUCCCGAGCCUGAGACAUACGAGGAGGAUGCCGAAGAGUUCAAUGAAGCCGAACCACCCUUGCCGUCAAAACCCAGACCUUCUCAGCCCUCAUAUGAGAGAGAAGUUGCGUUGGACGACGACUUGCCACCACCUCCAAUGCCUCUGAGACCACGCGAGGACCUGCGCGAUGCCGAAAUAGAGGAGGAUUUGGAGGCUCCGAUCCAAGAACACAGUUUUGACGGAGAUUUUUUUAAGUGGCUCAUCAACGAAAUUGACGGAAAGAAGAAAAAGGCCGUCACGUUGGCCAUCGGCAAAGGUUUGAUUAUCUUGAAACCCACCCUGCCUAGUCCCCGGAAGUUGCGGUUGCGUUCCUCGUCCAGUUUGGAUAACGAAUGGCGUCUCAAGGACUUGACCAGCUUCAGCAGUGAGAAGAAGCAUCUUUUCUUGGAGUUUAAAAACCCCACCACUAGCGUGGAGUUGCACUGUGGAAGCAAGGAUGUGGCGGACGCCAUAAUGUCGAUUUUGGGUGAUUUAAAGGGUGCUGAGAGUGCCAAAGGUUUAAGAGAAGUGGAAAAAGCUUCAGUUCCUUCUACGAAAGGAAAUAAGAAAAUCGGCCGCUUGAUCUACGACUUCAAGGCCCAGGGCAGCGAUGAGUUGGGAUGCUAUGAAGGCGACGAAGUGUACAUUGUCAAUCAGGAGAAAUCUAAAGACUGGUGGAUGUGUGAACACAUUGACACCGGAAAACUGGGUGUGGUUCCAUCCGCGUAUAUUGAGAUUGUUGGGAGCUCCAACCUUGAUAAGCUAGUAGACGCACCAUCAAGGCAAAAGUCUACCACCUUAUCUAAAAGUGAGGCCAAGAAGAGACAGAAACAACGUCACCGAGAUGAACGUGAAAAAAUCAGAGAACGGGACAGAAUCGAAAGAGAAAAAGCCAGAGCCUCGCAAAGGUCUACAGAAAAGGACGUUUCUCCUGAUAAGUCGAUGCCAAACUUUCACCGGGUGCGUACUUGGAUCGAUAGUUCUGGUUCUUUCAAGGUGGAGGCCGAGUUUUUGGGAUGUAUUGAAGGAAAAAUACAUCUUCACAAAACUAAUGGUGUAAAAAUUGCCGUUUCUGCCACUAAGUUGAGUACCGAGGAUCUUGAGUACGUUGAGAAGGUGACAGGCACAUCGUUGGAGUCUUACAAGGAACAAGUGCUUCAACAGAUGGCUAAACGGAAAGCUGCUCUGGAAAAGAAGAGUGAUGUGAGCCGUGAUGUGAAACGAGAAGAAAGGAGGUCUGCUAUGGCCGUUAUCAACGAUGUUGCACCACCACAGCCCACACGUCCGAAGGCUUCCAGCACCACCCAGGUUUCAGAGCCUGAAUAUGACUGGUUUGACUUCUUCUUGACCUGUGGAGUGGACAUUGGAAACUGCCAACGGUAUACCUUGAACUUCAACCGGGAGCAAAUGGAUGAAAACAUUCUCGAGGAUAUAAGUCCAUCGUUAUUGCGGACACUUGGCCUUAGAGAAGGGGAUAUUAUUCGGGUGAUGAAACACUUGGAUGAAAAGUUGAACCGUAAGAAGGAGGAACCAACCAUUUCCGCUACACCUACCGGAGCCCUCUUCACUGAGGCCACUGGAGCCUUGAAGAACAACUCGACUAGUGAGGUUUCUAAGGUCGAUGCCAGUGCUUUGCCAGCACCAUCUCAAGCACCAGCACCAUCUCAAGCACCAGCACCAUCCCAACCUCCUACUAGGCUGGACAACUUAAUGGAUGACGAUGCCUGGGCCAUAAAGCCCGCAGCACGGUCCACUGAAGACCUUACCAAACCUCAACAACCCCAAUACACCGGCUCAUUGCAAGAUUUGGUAAAUAUCAAACCACUUGAAGGAGGGAUCAACACCAACAAACCAGUCCCUGCUUUGCCAUCUGAAGUAACCCAAGCUUCGACAGGGGUUCCUUCUGCCACCCCAUUGACUCCCGUGAGAACUGGAACCAUUGUGUCUCCUCAAAAAACUGGUACGCUUGUGCCUGUGCAAAGAACCGGUGGAUUGGUUCCUGUUCAAAGAACCGGCGGCUUUGUACCCUUACAAAUGACAGGUGGGUUUGUGUCUGCUCAACCAACGGGAUUCAUUCCCAUCACCGCCCAACCUACUGGAUUCGUGCCUAUUCAGGCCACUGGUAUUUCUCAACAAAUCACCGGAUUUGUUCCAGUACAAACAGGUUCUUUUAGUUCAAUGCCUCCAGUAUCGUUCGGACAACCGGUUCUUCAAACUGGUACUAUGACCAUGCCCCAGACCACUUUUGGUCAGCAAUUGACGGGAGGAUUCCAGGUCCAAGCUCCCCAACCCACCGGAUUCGCAGCCAUGCCCCAAACGUCGUUUGGCCAGAUGUCGGUCCAGCGUACGGGUCCAUUAGUGCCAGCCCAGCGUACGGGCUCGUCGUUCCCCCAGAACUCAUUCCAGCCUCAAAGCACCUUCGGCCAAGCCAUCUCGGCUCCUCCAACGUUUAAUGCCCAGCUCACCGGAGGUCAGCCUCAGUUCCCCCAACAGCUGUUUCCCCCACAACAAACGUUCCAGCCACAGCAGACAUUCCAGCCGCAACAAACGUUUGGCCAGGCGCAAUUCCAGCCACAACAGACCUCGUUUGGACAACCUUCCACUUCGUUUGGACAACCUGCUACCUCGUUUGGCCAGUCUGCAACCUCGUUUGGACAGCCACAGUUCGGCCAGAACUCGUUCAAUAACAACAUGAACCAAAUGACAAACAUGUUUCAGAACACUGGCAUUGCACAGCAGCCCACUGGAUCCUUCGGCCAGCCCCCAGUGUCUUUCAACCAGGCUUCGACGUCUUUUGGCCAACCCACCACCUCAUUUGGCAGCCCUUCGUUCGAAGGUUUUGGUGCUCUCCAGGCCCAGGCCACCGGGUCCGGGUUUGGAAACGCACCGUUGCAAGCUCAGGCCACCGGUAAGCGAGCCAACUUGCUGGCCGCCACUCCAGACAAUCCAUUUGGAUUCUGAGAGGGUUAGAUCUGUUUCUAGAUAUUGUAUUAAAAUCAAAGUUAUAAAGUAG